AUGCAGCUCUUCAGCCUGCGUGCACACCUUGAAACGUCGGCGUUCGAAUGGAACGGUUCUGUUGCAGAUAGCAUCAUCUUACCUUAUUCUUCCAACAUCUUAAUGAGCUCCUCUAUGCCUAUAAUGCUGCCAUGGGGCUCUAGGGGCCCCCCUGGAGGUCUGGGGGGUCUGUCGGCUCCCUCUGUGCCUCCGGAGGGCAGCAGCUGGUGUGGUGUGGAUGAGAGGCAGUGGGGCCCCCCAGGGGGGCCCCAAGGGGGGCCCUCAAGGGGGGCCCCUCCACGUCUUAUACCCCAGAGAAGCUACUUGAGACUUUCUCAAUCUUUCAGAUGGAGUCAGGGGGGAGUUGUUGUUGAAAGCCACUCCAGCAGCGCUCAGGUUAUGUGCUCUGUGGGGCCCCCCGAAGCAACUGCAGCUAAAAUGAAAGAGUAUGAAGGUUCAUCGCUGCGCAGCAGCAGCAGCAGUUCGCAAGGAUUACAGCGCAGCAGCAGCAGCAGGAACAGCUGGAGGUCCUCGCAGUCUGCUGGGGGCCCCAAAGGAGCGUCGGGAGGCCCCCCUACAAUACCUAUUGUUGCAUCUGCUGCUUCUUUUAGCGCUCAGUACAAUCCGGGGGGCCCCUCAUCUAGGGGAGCGGUGAAGGCUGUGCAUUUUCUAAGGAAGAUUGAGGUUGUGCACACAGCAGCUGCUGCAGUGCCUCAGCAGCAGCAGCAACGGUACAGCAGCAGCAGCAGCAGCAGCAGCCACAACAGCAGCAGCAGCAGCAGCAAUAAUUGCAACGGCAGCACUGGAGCGCUUGCAGCGAUCUUAGGCCUCAAUGGAGGGGAAGCUGAGGGCCUCCAAGGGCCUCAGGCUUUCUUGCGUCGCUGCUACUCUGGAGGUGCUGCUGGGGCCCCUCACCCACCAACCUCUAGGGGCCCCCACCAGCGUGGGCAGCAGCUGCAAGCUCUUGAAGACGACAAGGCAGCAGCAGCAGUAGCAGCAGCAGUAGCAGCAGCAGCAGCAACGAGAGGGGAGAGACGGACGAUCUUGAGGCGGUCUGCUGCAGCAGCCAAACCAUCUGGUGGUGGUGCUGCAGCAGAGCAGCAGCAAAAGGAUAAGUUAAUUGCAUCUUUCUUAUCUCACGAAGAUAAAGCAACAAAAGACAAAGAAAAUAAAAACAAUCAGGCAAGGAUAGCAGCAGCAACUCGGCGCCGCAGCACCAUGGGGGCCCCCAUGGAGCUAUCCACUGUACGUACAGUGAAGGGGCCUCGGCUUAAACAGGGGCCCCCUACCUCUCAGGCAUUGGGGGCCCCCUCUUCACUACCGCAUAGAGUGGCUGUCAGGCCUGCAAACUCUGCUGGUGCAGCAAGAAGACGAAGGACGAAUAGCAGCAGCAGCAGCAGCAGCAGGAGCAGCAGAAGCAGCAGCGUAUCUCAGCCGGAGGUGUACCCGCAGAAGACUUUUGCGUUUUCUUCAAACCUUACAAGAGAGAUGUGGGGUAUUCCUUCAGCAGAAGGAGCAGCAGCAGCAGCAGCAGCUGCAGCAGCAGCAGCUGCAGCAGGAGAUGCAGCAGAGGAUUUUGAAGCUUCCUUCCUUCGGGGGCCCCCAACCUCUAAUAAGAAGCAGCGGGAGAGGGGGGCCCACCGCUACAUGAGUACAACAGAAGCUUACUUCGGUAGAGUGCCUCAGAAUUCUUUAGAUUUCCAGCGCCUGUUGAGGAGAGGCAGCAGAAAAACAGAUAAAGAUAUUGCUGCUGUAGGCAGCAGCAGCAGCAGCAGCAGUAACCGCAGCAGCAGCAACAGCGGGGGACAAAGGGAGAGAGAAGAGAUCACGAAGAGACAGAGUUGGUGGCAGAGACGGAAAGAGAAAGCAGCAGCUGCAGCAGCAGCAGCAGCAGCAGCACCAGCAGCAGCAGCAGCACCAGCAGCAGCAGGUUUUAGGGUGCAGCAGCUGCACGAGGAGACAGCUGAAGGAGACAAAACAAGAUCAAAGAAAAACAAUCAAAAAGAUUUAAGAAAAAAAGUUAAAAAAGCAGAGAGAGCCUCCAAAGGCAUCGAAGCAGCAGCAGUUAUUAGGGCAGUAGAAGCAGCAGAGACAACAGCAGCAGCAGCAGCAGCAGCAAGAGCAGCAGCAAACCCUCGCCUGAUACGCUCUCCCUGGUCUCGCGUAGAACGAGAAACUCCUGCUGCAACAACAGCAACAACAGCAGCAGCAGCAGCAGCAAAGGAGCAGAAGAGGCAGCAAGGACUACGCAAGAGCGUUAGCUUCCCAGUGUCUCUGCUCUCAAAACUAAAAACAAAAUUUAGGCGGUUGCGCUCAUCUAAUAAAUGA